AAUCUUUUAGAUCAAAAUGGCAAUGUAAUCAAUUUAUCUGCCAUGGUCUCACAUUUAUAUUAUGUUGAACCGAGUAAUUUCGCAUUUUCUAAUUUAUUUAAACAUGGAGUGUUUCACAAAAUUUGUUCGAAGUUGAGAACAAACUCUUCACAAGAAGUAAUGGAUGAAUUGGUUUUGAUUCUUUCUUACCUCCUUUACCGGAAGAUGUUAAUUAUAUUUUAAAGAGUCACAAUGAACGAGUUUUGAAUAUAUAUACCGAUUAUGUCAUAACAUACGCGAGAAAUAAUAAUUCUAAGUUGGGUCCCGAUAAUAUCUUACCUUUAACAUUAACCGAAAUUCCUUUUAAGUCUAUGGAUCAAGCUUUAUUAAAGGAAGAUCCAUUAAUUUCUAAACUUGAAUCAAUG